UUGCCACGUGACCGCGUCCGUGUGCUCCCCCGGGAAAGAGGGCGGUGGGGCAAGAUGGCGGCGCACCUGUCCUACGGACGAGUGAACCUGAACGUGCUGCGCGAGGCGGUGCGUCGCGAGCUGCGCGAGUUCCUGGACAAGUGCGCGGGAAGCAAGGCAAUAGUUUGGGACGAGUACCUCACAGGACCAUUUGGCCUGAUUGCACAAUAUUCACUACUGAAGGAACAUGAAGUGGAAAAAAUGUUCACACUUAAAGGAAGUCGUUUGCCAGCAGCUGAUGUCAAGAAUAUUAUUUUUUUUGUCAGACCCAGGCUAGAACUGAUGGAUAUAAUUGCUGAAAAUGUGCUCAGUGAAGACAGACGUGGUCCAACAAGAGAUUUCCACAUUUUGUUUGUGCCACGACGUAGUCUACUGUGCGAACAGCGGUUGAAGGAUCUGGGUGUUCUGGGAUCCUUUAUUCAUAGGGAGGAGUACAGCCUCGACCUCAUUCCAUUUGAUGGGGAUCUCUUAUCCAUGGAAUCAGAGGGUGCAUUCAAAGAGUGCUACCUGGAGAGUGACCAGACGAGCCUCUACCACGCAGCCAAGGGGCUGAUGACCCUGCAGGCUCUGUACGGCACAAUCCCCCAGAUCUUUGGGAAAGGAGAGUGCGCCAGGCAAGUGGCCAAUAUGAUGAUCAGGAUGAAGAGAGAGUUUACAGGAAGCCAGAAUUCAGUAUUUCCUGUGUUUGAUAAUCUCUUGUUGCUCGAUCGAAAUGUGGACUUAUUAACGCCUCUUGCCACUCAGCUUACGUAUGAAGGACUCAUUGAUGAAAUUUAUGGCAUUCAGAACAGUUAUGUGAAAUUACCUCCGGAGAAAUUUGCACCGAAGAAGCAGGGCGAUGGUGGGAAGGAUCUCCCCACGGAAGCAAAGAAGCUUCAGCUGAAUUCUGCAGAGGAGCUUUAUGCUGAGAUUCGAGACAAGAACUUCAAUGCGGUGGGCUCUGUGCUUAGCAAGAAAGCCAAGGUGAUCUCCGCAGCGUUUGAGGAAAGGCACAACGCUAAGACGGUCGGGGAGAUCAAGCAGUUUGUUUCCCAGCUGCCCCACAUGCAAGCAGCAAGGGGCUCACUUGCAAACCACACCUCAAUCGCUGAGUUAAUCAAAGAUGUUACCACUUCUGAAGACUUCUUUGAUAAACUAACAGUGGAGCAGGAGUUUAUGUCUGGAAUAGACACUGAUAAGGUCAACAGUUACAUUGAAGACUGUAUUGCCCAAAAGCACCCGCUGAUCAAGGUGUUAAGAUUGGUUUGCCUCCAGUCCGUGUGCAAUAGUGGACUUAAACAAAAAGUUCUGGAUUAUUACAAAAGAGAAAUUCUCCAGACGUACGGCUAUGAGCACAUAUUGACCUUGUACAACCUAGAGAAGGCUGGCCUGCUGAAACCGCAGACGGGGGGCAGAAACAAUUACCCAACAAUCCGGAAAACGCUGCGCCUCUGGAUGGAUGAUGUGAACGAGCAGAAUCCCACGGACAUAUCGUACGUGUACAGUGGUUAUGCCCCUCUCAGCGUGCGACUGGCGCAGCUGCUCUCGCGGCCUGGCUGGCGCAGUAUCGAGGAAGUUCUCCGCAUACUCCCAGGGCCCCACUUUGAAGAACGGCAGCCGUUGCCUACGGGACUGCAAAAGAAACGUCAACCAGGAGAAAACCGAGUCACACUGAUAUUUUUCCUCGGGGGCGUAACCUUCGCUGAAAUUGCUGCCCUGCGAUUUCUCUCCCAGCUGGAAGAUGGGGGUACAGAAUAUGUCAUUGCCACCACGAAGCUCAUGAAUGGGGCCAGCUGGAUAGAGUCUCUAAUGGAAAAACCUUUCUAGGGUGAUCCAGGUCGACUUGAGUGAACUGCAAAAUAAACUGCUCCUUUGGAGAAGCUGCCAAGAGGAGGUGAAAGCCCACCGAAGACAAGGCUACAGAAUUUCCUUUGGGGGUCAGCUUCUUCAAUGACACCGUUUUCUCCUUCUGGUUCUCUUUUGUGUUUCUAAUGUCUUGAAGAAAAAAGAAUAGAAGAGAAUCCCACCUGGCUAACAGAAAGACCAGUUCUUAAUGCUCUGAGCUCAGGGUCUUCCUCAGGGACCCCUAGAAACAUAUUAAGGUUGGUGGGGUUGGCUAAUAGACAGCUGCACAAACGAGGUCAGUUCUUAAAACAGGAAGGCUGUUUUAAGAGACUGAUGGGUAAAAAUGAGCCCCGAAUACACAGUGCUUUCUUGAAGGCACAUCCUGCCUGGGGCAGUGGCUAGGUGUUGGGGCACAGCUGCUGCCGCCACUGAGUUGAGAUUUCUUUUUCUGCAGAGUGUGGCACGUGCCCUUGGUGUCCUCAGCCUCUGUGUUAGGUGAUCACUACGGCGAGUGUUGAUUCCUUCUGCUUUCGAUUCCUCUGUUUCAUUAAGCAAGCGGGGUGGAGGGACUUCUUCCUCCAAAUCAAAGUUCAUCAUCUGUCCGACCCACUAAAUUUCUGUGCGUCUCAUACUUAUCAAGGGCUUUUUACAUGGAGGAACGUGAGGAUUGGGGAGCAGCUUCCUGAGAAUGUUCUUAGACGCUAUUCAAAGCACACGUGUUGUUCGCUCCACAACGUUUCCGUGGUAGCUGCCGCCACCGAGGUGUCGGUUUUUUCCCCACCCACCGUGGGCUCCAGCACCAGCUGGUCCCCUGUGAGCAGCGGUGACUCUCACUUGCUCAGCAUUUGGCGACACCACCCCCCACCCCCCGGUAUCUGUCGCACGUACUUCUCCACACUCAGCCUCUUGCAGUUGUUUUGCUGGGAAACUACAGCUCUGUUUCAUGGUCUGUUUUGCUUGGAAACAUGCAGCUUGUCGAUGUUCUUGGAGUCGAGCAGUCGCACCUGCUCCCGCAGGAGACGGUUAGCCUGUGGGGCAGAGGGGUAGGGUGUUGGUCGAGAGGCUGGAAACCUGUGUGUGUUCCCUGCCCCCCUCCUGCUCCAUCCCAGAGUCUGGAAGUUAAAUGCAGAAGGGGACCAAAUGGAUGGCUUCAUAGCCCUUGCCCACGUCUCCCCUUUGUUGGGGGAUCAAGGUCAGCAUCCCUCCUCGGGAGGUGUGGCUUCUGUUGUUUAUCAGUAACCACACGUUUUAUUCUCAUUUUGUUUUGUUGGUGAAAAUUCUGGUAGCACAUUGCAUGCUAUGAGUAAAAGAGAAAUUCUACAAUCAAAAAAAGAUCUCUUUAAGAAUGAGCAGAAGAAGAGGUCAUAUUUAAAAGAUCUCCUUCUCAUGCAUUCAAUUUGGCCUUGACAUUCAGUAUUUGGAAGACAGUUUUUUUAAAAACUAUGCCUGUUUUAGAAAAUCCUUUUUCAAGUACUUGUUAUCCCAGGGAGAUUAGUUUAUACCUUCCAGCCGCAGCUGUUGUCAGCCUCAGCCGCCUUAGAGAAUGAAAUCCACCUUGUCCCUCAAUGUUUUUGGCUCAUGGGAUUCAGUUCAAGUCUGGUCAGGUCUCCUUGGCUGGGGUUUUUGUCUUACGAACAGAUACUCGGUUGUGUCUCAUGUGUCUGCAUUCACUCAUGACUCUAUACUUGCUUGCUCAGAGCAUAGUUAGGUCAGCUCCUAAAAUGCAUUUAGCAGAAGACUUAAAAACAUCAAUUGCUUCAUUUGUAUGCAGGUAGAAAGUGGUGGAUAAUUAUAUAUUAUACACCUUUGUGUGAGUUCACUUAAUACUUGAAGCAGACUUUGUCUCAAAGGAGUAUGCCCUUACUGAGAAAGGGUAUGUGAAUGGUACAUUCAUUCCUAGAGAGGGCGGAUUGUUUACAUCAUGUCUGGACUUUUGUCUAGUUAGGUAGACAGUUCUACCACACCAGCAACUCCAUAAAAAAGAAGUCUACGUAGAUAAAGAAGUCUACGUAGGCACUGUUCUCUGUCUUACUAUACACUUUUGGAUUUUAGCCAACAGAGAAGUAUUUGAAUUGUAGUUUAACCAUAGAGCAUGAGAAUACAGGCAUACCGAGACAGAUUGUGGCUUUGGUUCCAGAGCACCCCGCUAAAAGUGAGUGUUGCAAUAAAGCCAGUCAGAUGCAUGUUUUGGUUUCCCAGUGCAUAUAAAAAUUAUGUUUACACUAUCCUGUAGUCUCUUAAAUGUGCAAUAGUGUUUUGUGUAAAAAAAAUGUAUGUUCCUUAAUUAAAGAAUAUGGCUAAAAAUGCUAACCAUCAUCUGAGCUUUCAGUGAAUUAUAAUCACUGAUCACAGACCACGGUAAUGCAUAUAAUAAUGGAAAAGUUUGAGCUAAGAGAAUUACCCAACUGUGACAGAUACAAAGUAGGCAAAUGCUGUUGAAAAAACAGCGCUGACAGACUUGUUCAGUACGGGAUUGCCACGGACCUUCAAUGUGUAAAAACCACACUAUCUGCAAAGCACAGUAAGACGAGGUGUGUCUGUGAUGGUUAAAAGGAGGAAUAUUAAAAAUAGCACAUUUAAUUCUUGAAGAGCGCUGGGAAGGGAUUGGCCACUCCAGCUCUGCCCUCACUAGAAAUGGAUGACAGUUAACCGUGACAUGCUGGUCCGUCUCUUGUUCUCAGUUGUACGUUAAAGAUGGGCCUGUCAAAAGGAGGAAGUGUUUGUAUUCAGCAGAAAUUCAAGAAGAAAUGCUCUUUAAAAAAAUACCAAAUGAACUGAAUGUCUAAAGCAGAUAGGGAGAGGGACUGUGGUCAAGAUGGCAGGGCGUAGAAAUGCAGCAUCACGUAGAGUGAAUCAUGGAGACACUGAAUUGUGCUCUAAAGCCAGAUGUAUUACAGUCACAGGCUUAAUGACCUGCUACAGAAAAUAGAGGAUGCCUUUUCAUCAGCCAGUGAUCUAAGAAAAAGGCAAUAAUGUAAAUUUUCUCAGUUGCUCUUAUUUCUAAAUGAACACCUGUGAGUUUUAAGCCACAUGUUUCUUAGCUUCGGUUACUGCCUGGUGACCAGAGCCUGCAGAGGCUGGAAUACCCAGCUGCCCUGAGACGUCCAUUUGAAGGGCGUGGGAGUGAAAGUCGACAGAACUGAGCCUACUUUAAUAGCCUCUCUCCUUCAUCUGUUGCUCUGGGGUGGGGUGAGGGCAUAAAUCUUAGCCAUACUUUCUUUCCUGUGACUAGGCAGGACACAGAGCCCUUCAGAUGACCAAUUCUCUGGGGGAGCAAUUACUACUCACUGGCUUCCUGAGCAGCUUGAUAAUGUUCUGCUCCUGUUUUCAGCAGGGCUGAGGCCGGGGCAAUGAUUUGAUAAUAACAGACCCUGAUUAAAUUAAGGAGCCAUUUGCUUCUGGAUGAUGAUGUUGAUAAAAAAGGGUUGAUGUCCACACUCCCUGCUAUUUUAAAGGUCAAAAAAAGAAAAGUCUUUAAUCACAAACUACAACUAAAAGCAAAAUAAUCAGAACCA